GCGGACAACUACGGCGUAGGGAUGGUCGAUUAAAAUUUUUAAUCGAUUAACUCUUUCCUUACCAUGCCACUAGGCAUCGUUCACCGGUGAACGAUGAUUUCACGCCGCUAUUUUUCAACAACCACCGUGCGCUUGGACUUGUAGCGCCAUCUAGGCGAUUGUACACACACUAGAAUUGCUGUUUCUGCACAGUUUGCAUUUUUACCGCGUGGCGGCGAUUUUUAAAGGGCGCGCGCGUUGAAAGAUUGAAGCGCACGUGAGCCGCGCGAUGGCGUCGACAUCCAAAACCACGCGCGCUCGGAAAAAGGCGAUUUCGCUCGAUGUCGACGCUUCGGUGAGCAAUCUUUUAGAUUUCUCAAGCAGUGAUGAGUCAGACAACGAUGUGGUGACGUCGGACUUCAGCUCCGAUGAAGAAAUUUCACCAGAUCAGCCGGGAACGUCAGCUGUAAGUCGCGACGUGUCUACUUCAUUUGGGCACGACGUGCUGCCUCCAGCACAAAGACGCGUGGACUUCCGACCCCAGAGGGAUCCGGGCAUCGACCUCGGCAUGACGCUCCGCAGUAGCGCACAUCGGCUGACGAGAGCGCUGGAUUUUUUUCGCCUCUUCUUCACGGCGGAGGUCAUCCACGCAAUAUGUCUGAACACCAACAAGUAUGCGUGGGCCCACAUACUUGAAAAGCCGACAUACAGUGAGAAAGACGGAUCGUGGAAGGAGGUGACGCCGGAGGAGAUGAUGAAGUUCAUCGGACUCCUGAUCUACAUGGGAAUAUUAGAACUUCCGCGUCUAAAUUUGUACUGGAGUACAACUAAAUUGCUUUCGGGACUUCUUCCGCCAAAAGUCAUGCCAAGGCGGCGUUUCACUGCGCUUCUGGCCAUGCUGCAUGUUUCGGAUCCCGAAACGAACGGCGCUACCGCACAAAAACUGGACAAGGUGUCUUGGCUUCUUCAACACAUCAACGACUGCUCUGCAACGUUUUUCCAGCCGUAUCGCGAAAUUUCAGUCGAUGAAAGAAUGGUAAAAUCCAAAGCGCGCUCCGGAAUUCGGCAGUACAUACGAGACAAAGUUGUGAAAUGGGGAUACAAAUUGUGGGUUCUUGCAGAUCCGAAGACCGGCUACACCAUUCAAUUCGUAGUGUACACAGGGAAGCGUGAAAAACCUAGCGUAAAUGGGCUGGCCUUUGAUGUGGUGACGAAGCUUUGUGACAAAUACCUUGACCGUGGCUAUGUAAUCUACAUGGACAACUUCUACACGUCAACAUCCCUUCUUGUGCACUUGCUGGAACGCAAGACACUCGCGUGUGGCACUACUCGAAAAGAUCGCCGCGGGUUCCCAUCUGAAUUGAAAAAUGUGACUUGGGAAAGAAAAGCCAAGAGAGGGGACAUUCGCUGGCUACGGGAUAAGGGGGUUUUGUACCUUCAGUGGAAGGAUCGGCGUGUUGUGCAUAUGGUUAGCACAGCUCACACCGCUAACGCUCACGUGCCCGCUAAGAGAAGGGAAAAGAAAAACGGGAAGUGGGAACAGAUCACAAUCAGGAAGCCUAAACUCAUAGACGAAUACAAUGCCGGCAUGUUAGGGGUCGACAAGUCUGACCAGCUGAUUGCUUCCUACAAUGUUCUGAGAAAAUGCGUCCGCUGGUGGAAGACGUUGUUCUUCCACUGCAUUGACAUCGCCGCUGUGAACAGCUACAUACUCUUUGAAGAACAUCGCAGGCAAAAUCCAGAAACACCUGAACUUUCCAGACUUUCACGUUUUGAUCAGCUGGCUUUUAGAACGGAACUCGUUGCACAGCUUCUUGAGAUAGAUGACACCGCACCAGCUUCUAUCCCUCCCACCCCAGUUCGGCCACCCACAGGUGUACAGCACAAGCCUGAACGAUUGGACAUACGCCGCAACUGUAAAAAGUGCUACCAAGAGAACAAAACUCAACACAAGACGAACGUUUUCUGUCGCACCUGCAAUGUUCACUUGUGCUUCACAACGAGAAACUGUUUUGGUGCCUGGCACACUGAUCUCCCCGAGUGAACAAUUUAUAGCUCGAGAAGCUCUUGAGCUAUAACUUUCGUUUUUUCACUCCUACUCUGCUACGCUGUUUUAAAUAUUUUGCAUCUCUCAUAAUUUUUACAUAAUUUUUUACUAGGAAGAUACAAGCAUAUCAUUGUGACGUUUGUUGUGAACGUACUUAAUUAUUUGUGCUUAUCAAUUUUUGUUACAUAUUUAGAUCUGCCAUUUCUUUCGCCGAAUGUAUCUUUCAAACUCUACAUUUAGUACUUGCAUUUUCGUAUGUAAUAUUUUGCGGUAAAAAAUUUUUUUUCUUGAAAAAAAAAAUCUUGAGUAGGACCAACUCGGAACUUCACUAUUUUGCUAUGCAUCAUGUAAUUUUUUUGUAACUCAAAGACAGCUUUAUCGAUUUUAGCAAUUCCUCUAAGUGAUGUUGCCCUGUGAUUAUUAAACAUUUUGUAUAUUUCGGAAUUUCUCUAAAAAAAGUUUUGUCAGAGAUAUCGCUUCGUUACUAAAAAAUUUUUUCAAAUUUUUAAAUUUUUUGUUGGUAUAGAAAUUUUCUUGGCCAAAUAAGUUUUCUUAUUUCU